AUGGAUGGAGAAAUCAUUGGUUUCGUCAUAGUAUGGGCUCUUUCAGGAAUCUCCGUAUCUUAUUGUUACUACAUAUCAACGAGAAUCAGAGCUGGACUCUUUCGAUUAAUCUCUGUUCUUCCCGUUUGUGCUUUGUUUCAAGUUUUUCCUCUGUUUUUCUCCUCUCUUCAUUUAUCUUGUUGCGUAUCUGCUGUCCUUGCAUGGAUGGCUAGUUUAAAGCUCAUACUCUUCUCUUUUAAUCAAGGCUCUCUUUUCCCAUUUCCACCAGAUAUCUUUCGGUUCAUCUGCUUCACUUGCUUACCCAUCAAGGCCCAACAAAACCCUAAUCCUAAAAGUCAAAUUCCCAAAUGGGUUUUCCCCAUUAAAGUUGCCAUAUUUGGUGUGGUGUUACAUAUGUAUGACUACAAACAGUAUAUAUCUCCAGUUGUACUAUUGGUUCUCUACGCUGUGCAUAUAUACGUGGAGAUAGACAUUGCCUUGAUGUUUGUCAAACUUCUGGUCUUUAUCACUCUUGAGUGUGAUCUGGAACCACAGGCCAAUGAACCAUACUUAGCCACUUCUCUUCAAGACUUCUGGGGUCGCCGGUGGAACCUUAUGGUCCCGGCAAUCCUUCGGCCGGCCAUAUACUUCCCCGUGCGGCAGUUUUGUAGAGGCCGAAUGAGCUCCGACUGGUCUACAUUUUUGGCAGUUUUGGCAACGUUCUUUGCUUCUGGUGUAGCUCAUGAGGUGUUCUUCUUCACUUUAACCUUUGAGAUGCCUACAGGAGAAGUGACUUGCUUCUUUGUGUUACAUGGAGUUUGCACUGCUGCAGAGGUAGCUGUGAAGAGGACGGAGUUUGUGCGGCGGUGGAGGGUCAGUCCAGCAGUGUCACGGCUGCUUACGGUGGGGUUUGUGGUUGUGACGAGUGGUUGGUUGCUUUUCCCUACUCUUGCACGAAGCCACAUGCUGGAAAGACUCGCUAACGAAGCCUUGUUGUCCAUUGAUUUCGUCAAACGCACGUUUUAUAGUUUUGGGUCAUAGUAAAUGGUUAAAUGAUGAUCUUUUUAAUAAAUAGUUGAUUCAUGAUUUAUGCAUUUAAGUGCUCCUGGAUUAUCAAUCAUAUUUUGUUUCUGAUGUUAAAUAAUU